CAACGGCAGCGCGGUGUAUAGGGGGGGGCUGCCCUGCCGGUGAUGGGGGGCAGCGAGAGCAGCCAGAGCAGGAAGGUGUCCUUCGGGCUGGACGAGCGGCAGCAAGUGCGGGUGCUGCAGGGCAUCAGGCUCUCUGAAGAUGUAGUGAACAGGAUGAAGGAAGCCCCGCAGAGCAAAAGGGACGUCCAGAGACCGCCCCGUGCGCCCAGUGCCGCAGCGCAGCCCUCGCCACCGGCAGCAGCAGAAGAGAACCCCAGAUCUCCUGCAGGAACCCAGCUGCCAGUGGCAAGUGACUCUGGUCAGGAUGCUUCUGCUGCAAAGCAGGAACUGCACAGGAGGUACGAGCAAGAGCAGGCGCUGGUUCAGGAGGAGCUGCUCCGGCUGGCCAAAAGAGAGAAGGAAGCAGCCAGUGCUGCCCUUCAGCGGGAGAGGGCCAAUGCUCGUGAAGAGAGGCAGAGAGUAGCCCAGAUGCCUGCGGAUUUGGACGCCUGGGAGGCUGAGCUGCAAGGCAGGGAGGCCGAGAUGAAGCGACAAGAGGCCUUCUACAAGGAGCAGCUGGCCCGCAUUGAGAGGAAGAACGCAGAGAUCUACAAGCUGACGUGUGAGCAGUACAAGGAAGCAGCCAGCAAGGCAGAGGAGUGGAUCAAGAGGAGGAACACGGAUCCUGUCUGUGCAAGCCUCCAGGCUGAAAUCCUCAAGUGCUACCAAGAAAACAAACGUGAAGUGCUCAAAUGCUCCGAGCUGGCUAAGGAAUACCGGCGCUGUGUUAGUGCAGCUCAGAAGGAGCUGUUAGUUAAUUCUGGAUAGACAUCAGCCACCAAAGAGCAGAGGACAGGGACCACAGACACCUUUGGAAGCCCCAGCAUCCUUUUGGAAGCCCCAGCAUCCUUCUGGAUAGACACUGACCAAAACCCGGUGCCUUCUGCCCUUCGCGGUCCAAGACGACGACAUGAUUCUCCUUUUAAUUGUCUGCAUGUUUCAGUCUCAGGGGGAUGUUCCUGGAGUUGGGAGGAGGGUCCCAGGGGAGGGGGAUGCUAUCGUUUCCUUUUUAUUGCAUUACAGUGUAAAGACUCACGUUGGCCUCAGGUGCUUCCGGCACAGCCUGUAGUUCGGAGCCUUGCCCAACACUGGUUCACCCUGUGCUCGCUUUGGUUUCACUGACCCACACUGGAGUUGCAAGAGCUGUUAUGUUUGUCCGUUUGCCGUGGUGAAAGGGGUCUGGCUUAUUUGGAAGUGGCCCUGACCAGUUGUUAGGAUUCACUGUUCCCAGUGUGCUCCCAUUGGUGGCACCAGCAGGCACGUUUCUGCCCUUCCAAGGUUCCCUCCUGAACAAUAAAGAGUUGAAUGGUCA